CACAGCGCUCAUGCCGACUACCUAGGUAACCACCUGGGCAGGCAGGUAGUAAAUACGGAGUGGGCUGCAGCCGGCGUUCCGUCGCACCUCUUCCGCCUUAUCCAUCCCAUAUUCCGCACCGGGCACAACCCGCGCGUUGCGUGCCAGUUCUGAGCAGUGCCAACGGCCCCUCUUACAGUCGCGCAAAGGCCACAACCAGUAAAAUUUCUUGUCUGGAUACAUACUCUCAGAGCUCGCGUCCAGAGGCGGGUUUUCCCAAGGUGCAUCGGCUGCCAUCGAUUCGAAGGGAAUACGGCAAGCGACUUGGCACGGUAAAUUAGGUGAACCCACUCCCGUGGAGCAAAUCUCACCUGGGCUGCUGGGCAUCACGGAGCGCCUGGCCCGUGCGCGAAUCUGCGACCUCUUUGCCUCUGGGAAUCCCAAGUCCCCGUCAACCCUUCCCCAUCACCCCGUCCAAAAACAACCCGACCGAGCAGACAGAGGCCGCACAACACCAUCAGUGACCUCAUUGGUCUAGUCACAAUCUCUCCGGUGUGCGCAGAGCACACCCUGCCGCUCGCUUCGCCCUCAACACCAAGCCCGCCCUCCCUCCUGACCCGUCCGUCGUAACCGUCCUCGCCGGUUUCUUCCCAACCGGCCCCCUUCGACAAACCGCUCACUUCACAAUUCUCGACCCCCACCACACCCAAUCGAGCUCCUAAACUUUUCGAAUCCAAGGCACAGUCGCUGGUCCCACAGGCCUCGUGUGUUCUGUCUUCAAUCUCGUAGAAUCGAAGCCACUAGCGACUCGAAACAGUAGCCUGAGACCAAGGCGGCGACGGGCUUUCCACCAUGGAGAACACGCACUCACCUUCGCCGGUGCCCGAUUUGAAUCGGAACCGGCUGCCGACCCUUUUCGAAGUUCUGAGCAGGCGGACGCUGCCGCCAGUCGACCUGUUCUCAUUCUACAUCUUUAUGAGAGAUCAGCAAAGAUCAGUGGACUACCUAGACUUUUGGCUCGAUGUCGCUCAGCACAUGACGCUAUGCCGGCACUACGUCCGAGAGAUGCGGAGGUCCGUCCUGAUAGGCACACCCGAACCCGAACACGCCUCGAAGCGCUCCUCACAAAUCCUGGAGAGCAUGGGCGACAUGAAUUACGCGGCGCCGGGCCCCUCGAUGUAUGCCAAUGACAAGGAUCGAGACCAGGACGCGCAGAUGUCGGCCUACCUGCGCGAGGAUAGGGCGUCGCCCACUGCCGCCGGCUUCCACGACUCCCCGCACAGCAGCGGCGAGCGCGCCAGGCCCAGCCCCGGCACGGGCAGUACGCCGCGCGACCUGAUGACCGACUCCAACAGCCCCUUCCACGAGGUCGCGAGGCAGGACAUCCGUGCAUCGGCCGAGAAGAUUCUCUACACGUUCCUCCUGCCCGGCGCGGAGCGGGAGAUUGUCCUGCCAUCUCAGAUCACCGAGGACGUGACGAGGUCCAUCGAGGAGGAAGGUAGAGAUGACCCGGAGGUGUUUGACCUGGCCAAGGAUUAUGUGUUUCAGGCCAUGGAGCGAGACGCCUUUCCUGGCUUCCUGCGCAUGAAGGCACUGGGCAAUUUGAUCCCGCCGACCCUGAUCAUGAGGCUCAUUAUCGGCCUAGUCUCAAUGUUUGGUGGAUUCUGGGCUGCGUUCGUCUUGAUCUUCCUCAACGCCUCAAGGCUGACGAGAUUAUGGCUCAUCCUACCCUUUACGCUCGGCGUCUACUUCCUCGCGUCAUAUCAGUAUUCCCUCGACCCCGUGCUGGCUCUGAUCGGCCUGAGCGAGUACACGCCUUUCAACUUCUCACGGGUGCGUGAGCCAUACGUCCGAAAGCUGCUCGCAAAGCGAGCCCUGAUGGUAUUGGCUGUGACGGCAACCGUGGAUGCAGCACUACUAGUGCUGUUCAUCCUCGUGCCGGGCAAACGGCUUUGAGCAGCCAAGAUAUUCAAGUUACCCUUUGGAGCUUCUGCGAAAUAGGAAGACACACGUCUAUUUUCCUAGUGCAUUUAAUCUGACGACGCUCAUGACUGUUUUGCUUUAUGCUAUUUGACACCUCCUUUUCCCUCGCUUCAUUUUGUCUGUGCUUUUACAAGUCAUUCUUCUGGUCUUGUUUUCAGGAUACGAUACCAAUUUGCAGGCGACGGUUUCUUCAUCUAUUUUUGGGCGAGACGGAACGGGGCAGCCUGUAUCGCAACAAUUACAACAUUAAAAUGGGGGAAUGGCGUUGAAAUGGCUCGAAGAUCAUGCAACAUUUUGCUCUUUUUUUGGCAUCUUCACCGGACGGCGGGAAGCGCAGGGGAAAGUAUCGCUGUAACAACACUUGUAUGAUUUCACCGAGAAAGAGGAAGGUUUGGGAUCUGUUUCUGUCGAGGACUGUACAAUGUACUCUUGUCCAAUCUUUGCUGAUGCACGAGAAUACAAAGACUGAUACCUGAGUCCCAACGCUGGCGUCACUUCUUGGGUCGCGUACUACAUUGUACCGCGUGGAUGGACCGCUUCUCGAACCCCUAGGACGCAAUCGAAGCCCAAGGACGCGAUUUGAUGCAAAUAUGUGCAGUCCUUCGGAAUAAUUUAGUUACGGGCAAGGUUGCCCGUCUAUCCCUGGGUGUAUCGGAGCAUUCGGGCCCAGCCAUUCCUUGACAUACGGUCGACGCCUGUUCAUAGCUUCCGCCGACUCGUCCUCUUCUGGUUUUGACUGGUGGAGUCAGCACUGUCGUCCAGGUCCAUGGCCUCGUCGUCGUCAUCCUCCAAGCCCUCGGUCAGCUUCUCCAUGCCGCGCUUGCUCCCGCUGCCAGCACCAGCUGCUGCCCCAUGGUGAGAGCCCACCCCUGCUCCUCCCCCAGCCCCCGCGAUAGCCCCGGUGGUAGCUGCCUGUCCUCCGGCGCCGCCAGCGGCAGAUCGCAUACCGGUGCGCCCCGCCGCCCCGCCGCCGAGCCUCCGUCCCGCGCCGCGGGUCCCGUUGGCGGGGGCGCCGGAGGCCGCCGGGUCCGAGGGGUCACUGGUCUCGGCCUUGACGACGGCCUGGAAGGUCCUGUCCCACUCCCUCUUGUCGUUUGCCUUGCGGGCGGCCUCCCUCCUGAUGUCGGCGAUGUUGGCCUCGAUCUCGGCGAGGGUGGCGUCGCAGCGCUGGCUCCAGUUCUGCAGGGUGGCGACGAUGCUGGGCACGGUGCCGGGCUGGACGUCGCGCAGGGGCGCGACGGAGGAGACCUGGACGACGGAGCGGAGGGGGUUCAGCUUGGCGUUGAGGAGGCCGGCGUAGACGGCGGAGAUGACCAGGUCCUCGACCUCGCGGGGCGAGGCCAGGCCGAGGUGGCGCUGCAGGGCGUGGUAGGUGAGGUUCUCCCUGUCGCGGCUGAGGGUGAGGAGGGAGAGCUGGCGGAGCUUGAGGGCCUGGCGGUCGUCGAGGGCCGGGAGGUUCGGGGUGGAGAGGUAUGUGGAGUAGAGGCCGUUGCUGAAGAUGCGGAGCUGGGUGAGGUAGGGCUGGUACUCGGGGGAGUCCUGGAGGGCCCGGAUGGAGGGGCUGGCGAGGAGGUCGGAGAAGAUGUAGGUGCCCUGUGCGGAUGUGGCGUGUGUGAUGAGGUCUGCGGCCGCCUUUGGCGAGUUGGCGGACUUUGUGAGGGCCAGGAAGGGCUGCGAGCUGGUCAGCGAGUGAGGGGAGGCAUGGCCAUGGCCCAGGCAUGGGAACCUGCCUCGAGAGCGUUGAGAGCCUUGGUCUGCUCCAUGAUGGCGAAGACGAGGCGCAGGCCGUGGCUAGAGGUAUGAGACGAAGAGGAUGCACCGGCCGAGGAAGCUGGUUGUUUGUCAAGCUGUGCUCGGUCAAAUCAAGCUUCGUUGAUCGACGUCAAUCAGUCAAUCAGCGACGGACGGGGAUAAGAUAGACGGCCUGAGCGGGGCAGGCAACCAGGCAGGGAGGCAGGCAGGCAGGCAAGCCUGGCUGUUGGCUGUCUGGCUGUCUGGCGGGCAAGUUUAGCCUGGGCUCGCCUGUGUGGAGUUACGGGCGCACACAGUAAAAUCCGGGGGGCGAUUAGAUUGUACACAUUAGAUACCAGACUACCAGGACUAUCACAGCUUCGUGACCAGGGUCAUGUGUCAAUUGGCAAUUGUGU